AUGCAGGGCUCCGAGCGGGGCUCCGGGCGCUCAUACCACGAGUGCCCGCGGCCGGAGGCGCCUUUGGGCCGUGCAGGGCAGGAAUGGGACGGGAUGGCCUCGCUUUCCCGUGGUCGCGUGCGGAUCGAGGAAGGCGCCUCGCUGCGCAUCGACCUGCUGCGGGCCGAGGACCAGGGCUGGUACGAGUGCCGCGUGCUCUUCCUGGACCGGCACAGCACCGACGACGACUUCCAGAACGGCACCUGGAUCCACCUCACCGUCAACGCACCCCCCACGUUCCUGCAGACCCCCCCUGCGUUCGUGGAGGUGCGGGACCGCGCCGCGCUGAGCCUCACCUGCACGGCCGCCGGCAACCCCCAGCCCGUCGUCACCUGGAAGAGGAGCGACCUGGCCGUCCAGACCGGGGACACGGUGCAGGUGAGGAACGGGACGCUGAGCAUCGCCGCGGGGGAGCGGGCCAGCGCGGGCACCUACACCUGCCAUGCGUCCAGCCAGGAGGGCACCGUCACCCACACCACCCGCGUGCUCGUGCAGGGGCCACCCGUCAUCGUGGUGCCACCUCAGAAUGUCACCGUCAACAUCUCCCAAGACGCCUUCCUGGCGUGCCAGGCCGAGGCCUAUCCCGGCAACCUCACCUACACCUGGUUGCAGGGCAACAGCAACGUCUUCCAUCUCAGCCACCUCCAGGCUCGUGUCCGCGUCCUGGUGGACGGGAGCCUCUUGCUGCAGAGAACGACGCCGGAUGACGCUGGAAAAUACACCUGCAUCCCCAGCAACGGGCUGUGGAAGCCACCUUCUGCCUCGGCCUUCGUCACAGUGCUGUAUCCCGCGGAGGUGACCACCAUGCUCCCAGAGACCCCCCUGCCCAAGGGGAUGCAGGGGGUGAUCCCCGGGGCCAACCCGCCUCUGCUCUCCGUGAGCUGGACUAGAGACGGGCGCCCGCUGGAGCUGGACAAGUUCCCUGGCUGGUCCAUGAGGUCCGACGGCUCCAUCGUCAUCGCGACGGGCAACGACGACGCGCUGGGGGUGUACGCGUGUACCCCGUACAACAGCUACGGCACAGCCGGCGAGUCGCGGCCCACGCGGGUGCUGCUCAAGGACCCUCCUGCCUUCACGGUGCGCCCCAAGGAGGAAUAUUUCCAGGAGGUGGGCCGGGAGCUGGUGAUCCCCUGCAUGGCCCACGGGGACCCUCCACCCACUAUCACGUGGGUGAAGCACGGGCUCUGGGAUUGCAUGGCCAGCAACCAGGUGGCCCACGUCAGCGCCGCCACCUCUGUCCACGUGCUGGGUACCAGUCCUCACGCUGUCACCAAUGUCUCGGUGCUCCCACUCCUGCUGGCAGCCAACAUUUCCUGGGAACCUGGGUUUGAUGGAGGUUAUUUCCAGAGGUUCAGCGUCUGGUACACACCGCUGGCGAAGCAUCUGCCUCGGGCCCACCACGACUGGGUGUCGCUGUCGGUGCCAGCUGGGGCUCAGCACCUCUUGGUGGAGAAUCUCCAGCCAGAUAUGAGCUACCAGUUCAGCGUCCUGGCCCAGAACAAGCUGGGCAGUGGCCCCUUCAGCCAGAUUGUCACCUCCGUGCCCAGGGGCUUCCCGCUGACCACGGUGCCUCCGGAGCCGCCUGCCAUGACCGUGCGGAUCUUCCUGUCCCCGCCGCGGGCUCUGACCGCCAACGAGACGGCGCGCGGGGUCCUGCUGCAGUGGGAGCCCCCGGGUCAGUUCUCGGUGGCGCUGAGCGGCUACGCGCUGGAGCUGCGGCAGGACAAGGGUGGCUGGGAGGUGCUGGACCGCUCCAUCCCCAGCACGAAGACCCAGGUCUUGGUGCCAGGACUCAUCAAGGUGCAGUUAUUGAGGGUUUUCGCCACGUGGCCGCCCUGCACAAUGACCCGCCGGCGGGCCGCGCGCAUCCAGAAGCGAAGGCAAGAUCCACCACUCGUCUUCUCCCCCAGCAAGAAGCUUCCACCUCCACACAAUUCUCAUGGCUCUGGUAGCCCAGACAGUACCAUGAAGCUGAAGCUGCAGGCGUCUCCGUACCAGAGCCUGCGGCGGACGCUGCUGUGGGGCGAGAAGGCAGGAACCAGCCUGGGCCUCAGCAUCGCCGGCGCCAGCCCCAGGUACGCGGUGUACGAGAGCCACGUCGGGGAGCACGUGCCCCUGGAGCGCAUCUGCCGGGGCCCGGACGGGCGCUUCGUGGUGGAGACUGACAGGCGCUCGCAGGAGGGCGGCUACAGCGAGACGGAGCUGGACCCCGCGGCCCCGCAGCCCGGGCCCUACCUGCAGGUGCAUUCGGAGGAGAAAGAGCCCAUCUGGCGCAAGGGGGUCCCGCUGCGCCCCCGCGCCGCGGGCCAGCUCCUUUAUUGA